UACCUAAUAAUUAAGCAGACGCAUGCAAAAAGUAGAAACCCGGUCUCCUUCGUGUCAAAGCUCCAAUCCAAGAUGGAUUCUUCGGCGAAACUCAUCCCAAGAAAAAGAGCAUCCAAGAAUACUACACCGGUGAAGAAUAACAGACCGAAGAAGAAUAGCACGCCGAAGAAGAAGAGCACGCCGAAGAAGAAGAAGAGCACGCCGCCGAAUAAAACACCUAACAAAACUGAAUCAGAAGUUGCUUCAGCAGGAUCUGCUUACAAGUUUGAUCUGAGGUUGGAGGCAAAGCUGUCUGCGGAGAUUGAUAAGAAGGUGUACGCUGGAAGGAGAAUACAUCCCUUUUUUACCUUGUGGAAAGAGGAUAACGAACGACAGCGGCGACAAGCUUUAUUGGCUAGAAGGAAAGGAAAAGGAAUUAGUAGUUCCUGUCAUGUAUUUGAAGAUGUUCAGGAUAAUGCCUCACCCAUCGACUGGGGUGACUGGACAUUUUUGGACAAGACCACAGUUGCAUCUUUUGGUACACAGGGUUCAAAUUUAUCUUUUAUGGAUGGUUCGGUUGAAUCCUUAAAUUUUGAUAACAUAAGUAGCAUUUCGAAAUUCUCAAGUGCUUCUAUGCCUGAGAAUGUAAUGUGUUGUCCAAGCCAACUUUCUACACAGCCAGAUAGUAAUAGUAAGCUGGAAAUAUCAUCCCCAAAUUCAGUAGUCUUAGAGAAAGCUAAGUGUCUUUUGAAGUCAGAAGAUGUCGAUGUGGAUCUGGGGUUGGAGGUGAAUGAAAAUACUUUCUCAGGACACAAGGACAUUUUCAGAAAACAGGAUAUUGAACCGCAGAGUGAAUUUCUUCAAGCAAGUAUGGGGUCUUACUACCAUAGUUGUGAAGGUAACAUCAGCUUAUGGACAGACAAGUACAAGCCAAAAACCGUCUCUGAGGUGUGUGGAAAUGAAGAGGCUAUGAAUUUCUUGCGUUACUGGUUACAUCUUUGGCAUAAAAGACCUUCUCAAUGCACAAAAAGUUCCUCUAAGGAAUGUCAAAGAAAACCUUCUCAGUGCAGAAAAAGGUCCUCUAAGAAGGGUCAACAAGACGAUACACUUGACCAUGCUCCAGAAAAUAUAGAUGAGGGUCACGUGCAGAGUGUUCUCUUGAUUACAGGACCAAGUGGGAGUGGCAAGUCUGCAGCUGUCUAUGUUUGUGCCCAAGAGCUAGGGUUUAAAGUUGUAGAGAUCAAUGCAUCAAGUUGUCGAGAUGGAACUGCUAUCACUGAUAUCAAGAAUAAACUAGAAGAACCUGAUGCAGGAAAAAUCACAAGGUGGUUGCUUCCUCGUUCUGUUGAAGCUCGCCCAACUUUAAUUCUAGUUGAGGAUGUGGACAUUAUAUUUCCUGAAGAUCGUGGUUGUAUCACUGCCAUACGACAACACUUCUCGGCCACAGAAAAAUGGCCUAUUAUAUUCACCAGCAACAGAAAUUGUGGUGGCCUACCAAAAAGUUUUGAAAGACUACAUGUUUCUUUCUCAUAUCCAUUGCCAGAUGAGUUACUUCGCCAUAUAGAAAAGGUUUGCGUCACAGAAGAAGUCAAUAUCAAUCCUCUCCUACUGAAAAAAAUUAUCCAGUCUUGUGAUGGAGAUAUUCGGAAAACUAUUAUGCAACUUCACUUCUGGUGCCAAAGUAAAAAGUAUAGCGAAGACAGGAAAGUGGGAAAGGUGUAUGGUAUGCUUCCUUUUGAUGUUGAGGCUUGUCACCACAUUAUACCAAAGAUACUACCCUGGAAUUUUCCCUCAGAGUUGUCCCAACUCAUUGAGAAGGAAGUUGCUAAGUCAAUAGCCACAAUGGAUGAAAACUCGUAUUUGCAGGUGUUAGUUAACCAAGAGCUAGACAUAAAUGAAAAGAAAGAUAAGGUGAAGAGAAUCAAGAGAUCUCUUGCAGACUGCAAUGGGUUUGAAAGUCAACAAAGUGCUAUUUCUGAAUUUUCAAACUGCUCUGGAUCCCCGGUAACAUCCUCUUCAGACGUUCAUGAGGAAGUUUACAAGAGACAUUCCCUUGAAAGCAACAGUGACUAUCUCUUUAAGUUUCAAAUGAAUCAAGCCUAUCUAAGUUCAUCAUUUUCCAAACCGGUUAGUUCAAUUUUGGAAAGAGAAACUACUUAUGAUGCAUGCUUAAAUGAAACGUAUAAAUCAUUUUAUGCAUCGAGUUUACAUGGAUCAAUAUCCGUUCCUGAGGCAGCAAUUCAAAGUGGAAUAAAGCCAAUGACUGGACCAGUGUCUGGUUCAGUAGAAGGAUCUUCUCUUGAUAAUGAGCUGACACCGACCACUUUCACUUUUUGUCAAUCCUCAGACAAAUUGCCACCAAAUUCUUAUCCAUUUGCAAAUCCUGAAAUUCUAGAAUCUUCUUUUACAAAAGCAGUUGUGCAAAAUUUCAGAGAUGGGAAUACAAAAACCACAACUGUGAGUAAUGCCAUAGAUGCGUGCAGUCAUAUUGAUUCUACAUCAAACUCAAAGUCUUUUGACUCUAGUCCAUCGAUACCAAUGGAUAUGGUACAAGAAUUGUGGAGGGAACUUCGUACAUGUCGAAAGGAUUUAGGACAGGAUGACGACCAAGAACAACAAAAUGUUAUUCAAGUUCUUAAACUUACUAGUGGGCUGACCGAUCUAAUUUCUGAAGCUGACUUAUUGUUUCGUGAUCACCAACCAAAACAAUGUGGUAUGAUGGAGCCUUCGAUGACACUUUUUGAAGAAGCCACAAAGAGUUGGUAUGAUGAGCAAAUGAUGAUGUCUACAGUUGCUGUACAUGGUUUUUCUUUUUAUGCCAAACAUAUAUCAGAUGUAGGAUCCAAGUUUGGUUAUGAGAACGAGGUAGAUCUAAUCUCAGAGAUGUUGGCUAGCACUACUAAUGUUAUGGCACUGGGAAAAUUGUCUAGACAAGACCAAAUAAAAAGUACCAACAUAUAUGACAAUAAGCUAUUGAAGAUGAAUGACCUGACAAAUGAUACCAAAACAUCUUUUUCCAGCGUGAUCCGGUCCAUGAUGCCAGCAUUAUCAUCCUUGUCAGUGAGAGGUCUUGCAUUAAGUGAAUAUAUAUCUUCACUACGCCAAAUCUCAAUUUCUGAAGGUUUUCGCAUUUCACAUGAUUCAGAAAAUACGAGAAAACGAAGAAAAGUUGAUCGACAUUAUUUGAGCAGAGGUAAAUUGAAGUUGACUCCUGAAGAUAUAUCAUUGGUGUGCAAAGGUGAUUUAUACAGAAAGAUUUCUUCACAGUACAUUGCUAAAAUGGAAAGCAAAAGUGCAUGAUCGAACCUUAGAGUAUGGAUUUAAUUUAAUAGUAAAUCCAUUUGUGGUGUAAAAAUAAAAUCGCUGGUGAUUGGCAUAGGACGAGACCAAUAAAGUUUAUUUUUGCCUAUGAUAAUGAUCAUGGACUGAGACGAAAAUAAACUGCAACAGCGAUAGAAUUACCAAAUGAGACUUGUAUGAACCUUUAAUUGUAGGCAUUUUAUUGUUACUGAAAUAAUCUUGUUUUAAACAAGAAUUAUGUAGUUA